GGAUGGCACUUCCUGUAUGUCCAGCGCUGGCAUUACGACUGGAGAGCAAAGUCAAAGUGCAAUAAACGGCUGCGGGAAGGGAAACACCCAAGCCCACCAUUUUAUUCUGAUAGUACCGGGAACUGGGACUGGGACGAGUGGACCGCUACAACUAGGCCACAGACUCGGGGAAGGAGGGACUCAGUCAUGGUGGUCCUAAGAAAGGGAGAUUAUGUGUGGGUAGACUCCAGCAUUGGUGUACCGAUCGGUGCUGAAGUGACCAUCUCAAAAACAGGUCAACUCCAGCUCAUCGAUGAUGAGGGCAAGGAGCACAAGAUAAAGAAGGAUGUCACCCUGAAGUCAAUGCACCCCACCUCAGUCAGUGGGGUGGACGAUAUGAUCCGACUGGGUGAUCUGAAUGAGGCUGGGCUGCUGAGGAACCUGCUGGUCCGCCAUCGAGACGGCAUCAUUUACACAUACACAGGGUCCAUUCUGGUGGCGGUGAACCCGUACCAGCUGCUGCCCAUCUACACUCCAGAGCAGGUGCAGCUGUACACAGACCGGCGGCUGGGCGAGCUGCCCCCGCACGUAUUCGCCAUCGCAGACAGCUGCUUCUUUAACAUGCGCCGCAACCGCAAGGACCAGUGCUGCGUCAUCAGUGGGGAGUCUGGAGCGGGGAAGACCGAGAGCACCAAGCUGAUCCUGCAGUUUCUGGCAGCAGUGAGUGGACAGCGCUCGUGGAUCGAGCAGCAGAUACUGGAAGCUAACCCUAUACUGGAAGCUUUUGGUAAUGCAAAGACCAUUCGCAAUGACAACUCCAGUCGCUUCGGGAAGUACAUCGAUAUCCACUUCAGCAAAGGAGGAUCUAUAGAAGGAGCUCGUAUCGAGCAGUAUCUGCUGGAGAAAUCCCGUGUCUGCCGACAGGCUCAAGAAGAAAGGAACUACCACAUCUUCUACUACAUGCUGAUGGGAAUGCCAGCUGAACAGAAGAAGAUCUUGUCUCUGGGCAGUGCUGCUGAGUAUAACUACCUGACAAUGGGUAAGUGUACUUCCUGUGAGGGACGGGACGACAUACAGGAAUACGCCCACUUCCGAUCAGCCAUGAAGAUCCUGACAUUCUCCGAGAACGACUCCUGGGAAAUCCACAAGCUCCUCGCUGCCAUCCUCCACCUCGGCAAUUUGGAUUUCGAAGCCACUAUUUCCAAUAACUUGGAGGGCUGUGAUAUUCUCUCUUCUAAUCACUUCAACAUGGCUGCCCAGCUGCUGGAGGUUGACACAAAGGCUCUGGAGCUCAGUUUAACUCAAAGAUCAUUCAUGACGAACCGAGAGAGUGUAUCAAAACCUCUGACCUCAGAACAAGCUCUUGGUGGCAGAGAUGCCUUUGUGAAGGGCAUCUAUGGAAGGCUGUUUAUAUGGAUUGUGGAGAAAAUAAACAGUGCCAUUUAUAAGCCUCCUGCUGAAGGCUCCACCUGCCAAUCGAUCGGCUUGCUGGACAUCUUUGGGUUUGAAAACUUCAAACAGAACAGUUUUGAGCAGCUCUGCAUCAACUUUGCCAAUGAGCAGCUUCAGCAGUUCUUUGUGAAACAUGUCUUCAAACUGGAGCAGGAGGAGUACGCCCGUGAGAACAUCGUAUGGACCCACAUCGAGUAUAGCGAUAACCAACGCACUCUGGAUAUUCUGGCCGUCAGAUCUCUCAACAUUCUCUCACUCAUCGACGAGGAGAGUCACUUCCCCAAGGGCACAGAUUCUACGUUGCUAAACAAGUUGGAUAAGACACACAGCAAGAGUACCAUCUACAUCUCUCCAAAGAAUGACCAUGACACAAAAUUCGGAAUUCAACAUUUCGCUGGGCCAGUCUUUUACGAUUCAAAAGGCUUCCUGGAGAAGAACAGGGAUGCUCUCAGUUUAGACCUCAUCCUAUUGGUGGAGACCUCAACUAAUAAGCUUCUCAAAAAGAUCUUCCACAGUGAGCUCUCCAACAAUGACACGAAGGGCAGAGGCAACUCCAAAAUGGUCAUCACUCCACAAAAUUCCUUACGGCAAAUGACAAAUGACUCUAAGAAGCGAGUGCUGACUCUAUGUGGGCAGUUCCGGCUGUCUCUGGACGCACUGAUGAAAACUCUAACUGCCUGCCAGCCGUACUUCAUCCGCUGCAUCAAACCCAAUGACUUCAAAAAGCCCAUGCUGUUUGACAGGGAGCUGUGUAUGCGGCAGCUGCGAUACUCUGGUAUGAUGGAGACGAUCCGUAUCAGAAAGGCUGGAUACCCCAUCCGUCACACCUUCCAGGAGUUCCUGGAUCGAUACAGAGUUCUACUCAACUCCACCGUCUGCAACCCAAAAACUGAAAGUGCCAAGAAGUGCAGCGAAAGCAUUUGUCAGAAUACAUUCAGCACUGAAGAUGACUGGAAAAUUGGCAAAACAAAAGUAUUUUUUAAGGAUUUCCAUGAUACAAUGCUGGAGCUGAAGCGGGACAAGGCCCUGAAUGAGAAAGCACUAAUUAUUCAGAAAGUGCUGAGAGGACACAAGCACAGGAAACAGUUUCUGAAACAGAGGUCUGCAGCUGUGGUGGUGCAGAAGUAUUGGCGCGGACACAAAGGCAGAAAACUCUACAGAGUGGUCCAGUUAGGGUUUGCCCGUCUGCAGGCCACAGUCCGGUCUCGUCAGAUCACUCGUCAGUAUGAGUUGGAGCGUAAGGCUGCGCUGCUGCUGCAGACGCAGAUCCACGGCUACUUUGCCCGGAAGGAGUGGAGGCGCAAGAGAGACGCUGCCAUCCUCCUGCAGGCUCAUAUCAGGGGCAUGAACGCCCGCCGAGCCGUCAACAAGAUGAAGAGAGAUGCGUUUCUGUCUCUGCAGGAACGCAGGGCAGAGGAACUGGCUGCUCUGGAACGACAGAAGAAGCUGGAGGAAGUUCUGCGGCAGAAGAAAGAGAGAGAGGCUGCGGAACAGUCAGAGUCCAUCACCGACCAGGAAAUGGUGGACACCAUCUUUGGGUUCCUUCCGAGCCUCGUCGGAGGACAGGAGGGACAAGCGCCUACAGGCUUUGAGGAUCUGGAGGGGCGGUGGACGGCGCUGGAGGAAGUGGAUCUGGAUGAUGCUCCUAUGAUGGAGGAUCUUCCUGAGGAAGACUAUGAUGAUCUGGAUGAGUACUCAUUCUCCAAGUUCGCAUCAAUGUACUUUCAAGGCGCUGCAACACCAACACACAUCCGCCACAGACUGCGCCAGCCCCUGCUGUAUCAUGAAGACGAGAGCGAUGUGGUGGCAUCUCUGACAGUGUGGUGGAUUAUCCUGAGGUUUAUGGGAGAUCUCCCGGAACCAAGGCCUCAGCGGAUCCCCAGGAGUGGUAUGGGCUUCGCUGAACGCUCUCUGCAGAAGGACGUGGCCUCCAGGCAGGACCGGCGCCUCAGUCACAUGGUCGGACUGGACCAGAGAGUAUUAAGAGGCAGAGGAAGCCGGAAAGAGUCUUCAGUUCCAGAAGAUCCUCCCCAGAACAGAAAGGCCUCCACAUUCACUGAUCUGCUCUCACGAAACAGGAAGACGUCCACCAUGCCAGAGGAAGUCAUGCUCAACCGGAAAACUUCUGCUGUACCAGAGAAUCCCAAAAAUAGAAAGUCCUCUACCUUCACUGACCUGCUGACCCGGAACAGGAAGAUCUCCACCAUCUCUGAGGAAGGACCGUCCAAUAGAAGGUCUUCCAGAAAAGCGUCUACCAUUGAAGAAGAGCCAGAGGAUGAGGGUCAGGUGUCAAAGCAACCUACUGUCCAAACCAUCAGUGAGGAAGAAGAGAUGAUGCUUGGAGAAGGACCCACCCUGGACCGCCCACUCACUUCCCUUGAAAAGCUGCAUAUCAUCGUAGGAUACGCCAUAGUCAGACGAGACCUCAGGGAUGAGAUCUACUGUCAGAUCUGUAAGCAGCUCCAGGAGAAUGGUAAUCGCAGCAGCUUCUUCCGGGGGUGGAUCCUGUUAUCUCUCUGUCUGGGCAUCUUCCCUCCCACAGAGCGCUUCAGCAAGUAUCUGCAAAGCUUCAUCCGUCUGGGUCCUGCUGGAUAUGCGCCGUAUUGUGCAGAGCGGCUGCGGCGCACGGUAGCCAAUGGAGUGCGUGCAGAACCACCCAGCUGGCUGGAGCUACAGGCCACAAAGACCAAGAAACCCAUGGCCAUGUCUGUGACACUUAUGGACGGCCGAACGAUCAGCCUGCCUGUGGACUCGGCAUCCACCUCUAAAGAAGUCUGUCAGAUGUUAUCCCAGAAGAUUAAACUGCAGGACACAUUCGGCUUCUCUCUGUAUGUGGCUCUGUAUGACAAGGUGUGGUCUCUGGGCAGUGGGCGGGAGCAUGUGAUGGAUGCCAUCUCUCAGUGUGAACAGGAAGUGAAGCGGAAGGGUGGCAAGGAGCAGCACGCCCCCUGGCGCCUUUAUUUCCGUAAAGAAAUCUUCACCCCGUGGCACGACUGCAGCCAGGACAGCGUCAGCACCGAGCUCAUCUACAGACAGGUCAUCAGAGGUCUGAAGUUUGGAGAGUACCAGUGCGAGAGGGAGGAUGACGUGGUGAAGCUGGCGAUGAAACAUUUCUUUGUGCAAUACGGAUCGGACAGCAGUAUGGAGAAUACUAAGACUGUGGUUCAGGACUGCAUUAACUCCAAACUACUGGAGGCCAAAUCAGAGUCUAAAUGGGUUCAGAUGAUCAACACUGCACACCUGGAGGGUCCUUACAUCAACUCAAAGAACAGGGCUGCUGAAGUCAAAGCAGAAGUGGUGGAUUAUGCUCGUCAGAAGUGGCCCAUGUUCUUCUCCAGGUUUUUUGAGGUUAUCAGAACAUCAGGUCCUCCCCUUCCAAAAAACAAGUUCAUCAUGGCCAUUAACUGGACUGGAAUAACCUUUCUGGAUGAACGUGAGCGGAAACUUCUUGAACUCUCUUACCCGAUGGUGACAGGAGUGAACACUGUUAGAGAAGGGAAGCAGUCGGUGUGUUUACGGACCCUGAAGGGAGACUUCAUGCUGAACGCAGUGAUGGGUGGAGACAUUGUGGACCUGGUAGCUUUGUUCCUGGCAGGUCUGGCCGAGCGCUCGCUGUACGCUGUGGCCCUGCAAGAGGUCAACAGGCAAGAUGAUCCCACAUUUCUCAGCUUCAAGAAAGGAGAGCUCAUUCUGCUUAUUAAAGACGACGACUUUUCACCGAGCCGUGGCUGGUUAAAGGGACAGAAUGAGCGAACGGGACAAAAGGGGGCGGUACCUACUGAAACCAUCUUAAUUCUGCCCACUCUCACCAAACCCACCAAUGAGGUUUUGAGUCUGAUCAGUCUUUCUCCAGAUCAGAGGAAGACCAUCAUUAACAACACACUUAGAGGAACUGCUGCUGAGAGAGUAGCUCCCGCCACACUUAAAGAGUACUCAAUUGAGUAUUUCAGACCACCAACUAAAGAUGUAAACAGACAAGUGAUCUCUAAAAACGUGGCCCCUGAGAGGUUAUGGGCCCACUCCAGAGAGCCCAUCCGCCAGCCCUUCUUAAAGAGACUGCUGGGGAACCCUGAGCUCAGUCAUCAGGCCUGCCUGGCCUUCACUGCGAUCCUGAAGUACAUGGGUGAUUAUCCGACCCGGCAGAUUCAGAAUCCUCUGGAGCUCACGGAUCAGAUCUUUGGCCCGGCCGCUCAGAACGAAGCUCUCAGAGACGAGAUCUACUGCCAGAUCAUUAAACAGAUGACCAGCAAUAACAACCGGUACAGCAUGGAGCAGGGCUGGCAGCUGCUGUGGCUGUGUUGUGGUCUCUUUCCACCCAGCACCUCUCUACUGAAACACAUCCAGCGCUUCCUGGAGACCCGUCGCAGGGAGACGCUGGCAUCGGACUGCCUGCUCCGACUGCAGGGAGCUCUGAGAACUGAACCAAGGAAGCUUCCACCCCACCAGGUGGAAGUGGAUGCUAUUCAGCAGAACAGCACCCAGAUCUUCCACAAAAUCCACUUCCCCAAUGAUACGGAGGAGAUAUUUGAAGUUUCAACUACAACUAAGGUUAGGGAUCUGGUCCGAUCUAUCGCCACUAACCUCAGAUUGAUGACUGAGGACGGCUUCAGUCUCUUUGUCAAAACUCCAGAUAAGGUUCUGAGUCUGAAUGAGACGGACUACAUCUUUGACAGUCUGAGACAGAUCACUGACUGGUCUAAAACCACAAAGAUGGCGAAGGAUGGUGGGCCAGUGAAUGUGUCAUACAUGGUGUUCUUCAUGAAGAAGCUGUGGAUUAAUGUGGUUCCUGGAAGAGAUCUGGAGGCUGACCGCAUCUUCCACUUCCCUCAGGAGUUGCCGAAGUAUCUGCGCGGGUAUCACCGCUGUACCAAAGAGGAUCUGGUGCAGCUGGGCGCUCUGCUCUUUAGGGUGAAGGUGGAUAAUGAUAAGACUCAGUUUCCCAUGAUCCCAAAGAUGCUGAAAGAGCUGGUGCCCAACGACCAGCUCAAAGCCAUGUCUGCUGAUGACUGGAAAAAGAGUAUUUUUGCUGCCUACAAUAAGCAGGCAGGCCUGACGGUGGAAGAGGCCAUGGUGAGCUUUCUGAAGGUGGUCUUUAAGUGGCCGACGUUUGGCUGUGCCUUCUUUGAAGUGAAGCAAACCUCUGAUCCCAACUUCCCAGAUAUUGUGAGAAUUGCCAUCAGCAAACAAGGAGUUACAAUCAUACACCCUAAAACCAAGGAUGUUCUCGCAACUCACCCAUUAAACAAGAUCGCAAGCUGGUGCAGUGGCAGCACAUAUUUCCACAUGACUGUGGGCAACCUGAUCAAAGGGAACAAGAUCCUGUGUGAAACCUCCCUCGGAUACAAAAUGGACGAUCUGCUGACGUCGUACGCCAACAUGUAUCUGAACGAGACCAGAGCCCAGAGACCCAGAACCCAGCGCUAUUAAUGAGAGACAGCAUUUAUAGUGCUAUACUGACGCCGGGGCUUUACUCACAUACACACCCUCAUUAGAUCUGAAUUCAUAAGAAGUACAUUGUAUUUGACAAAAUAUCUUUAUGUUAAAAGUUAUAUAAUAUGUUUUAAUACAGUAUAGUAUAGUAUGAGUAGGGUCAAGUGUGAAUGCUCUACUAAGACCUGUUUAUAUUUAAUCAGCCAUGAAAAAUAUAUAUUUAUAGCUUAUGAUUUAUGUGAAUGUAAUUUACAGUGUGUCACAUUAUUUUUAUCAAACAAUUAGACAUCAUUUGUCCAUUUAAUAAGUGUUGGAAGACAUGAUUGAUCCCAGUUUUAUUACAUGUAUUAUCAACUUAGCAAUGUUCUGUGUUUGUUUAAUUCAUCUAUAUAGCUAUAUUUGGUGAUUAGUCCCCAUUAAUUACUGAUAAACUUCACAUUUUUUGGCUUGACUGCUUGUAUCUGUUCUGUUUUUUUUAACUAAGGAAAGCAGGGAAUGGUUCUCAGAGAUGAGGAUUUAAUCUGUUAUUUAUUUAUUUGUUUCCACAUGUGAACUUAACUGUAGUUCAAGUUCCCAUAUUUUUCCAGUCACUGCAUAAAUUACACUGCUUAUCUGAUACCUAAAUUAUUCCCUAUAAAUGUUCUGACCAUAUGUAUUUCACAACAUUCUGAGAUUUAGAUUAACAAAAGGAAUUGCUUUGAUAAAAAUAAAGCACAGAUUAAAAUGA